AUGGCGCCGCGACCGCAGGAUCUGGUCGACGGCCUCGGCGCCUACGACCAAUGCGUGAAGCUGCGAUCGGUGCGUGGCCUCAAGAACGAGAUCGUGGGCAGCAAGCACAAGAAGAUGCUGUUCAUUAAGAUGGGCGCCGUGCCGCGUGUGGUGGAGAUCCUAGCGCGGGAGAGCGAGAGCGGCCUGCUGGUGCAGUCGGCGGCCACGGUGGGAAGCUUCGCCUACGGCAUGGACGACGGCGUGGUGGCGAUCCUUGACAGUGGUGGCAUGUCCCAUUUGCUGAAGACGCUGCAGAGCAAGGAUGAUAAGGUGGUGGAGGCCGGUGUGAGGUCGCUGAAGAUGAUUUUCCAGGUUGGUGGAGAUCAUGCCACUACUUUGCUGCCUAUAUUUCAGAACAGGAGACCAUCAUGGCAAGGUCCGUUCCCAGACAGAAGUGCGCACGGGCCAAGCGAUUCACUUGUGGUGUUGCUACCAUAUUGUGGAGCCCCAAACUGUGCUCACCACCAAGCGAGGGAGGCCUUCACAUUUGUGGGCCUACAAUCUAAACUGCCUGGUGUAGCGUGUUGCUCGCAGUAUUCCCCUUUGUGGCUUGGAGACAGCUGGACCACCCUGAUAACUGAGAAAGAACUUGCAGCUCCUGGCUGGGUGGGCUUUGUGUUUGUGUUUUGGCAGAAUUGA